AUGAAACGGGUGUCGGCUGACCUUGGAGGCGGGGAGACCAAAUGGAAUGUUGACUACCUCUCGGUCGUUGGAUUUAGCAGCCAGCAGCCAUUUGUCCGUCCGUUACGAUUUGGUGUUCCCCUCGCCGUCGACGAUCCAUCGCCGCUCUCUUUCCCCCCUCACCCCUCGGUUGAUCCCGCCGCCGCGCUGCGCCGCUCUUUCCCAACGUUGUCUUGUAUACUAGCUUCCAGCAACCAAGCAAAUCGACGAUGCCGCCCGAGCUUCCCGACGCCCGGCGCCGUAACCGUCUGCGAUAUCAGCCGCGACCUGGGUCUCGCCCAAUCAAUCUCUCCGUUUGAACUUCGCCUUUGUGCUUUGUGCUCAGUCGAUUCGAUCUGCCUUGGUCUCUCGCAGUUGCGGUGGAUGCCCUGCUCGACGGCCGCGCCAAGUACACCUACGGCGAUGUCCUCGUCGGUCAGGGGAUGGUCUUCAGCCCUAUCCCUUUCCAGUCCGAUGCUCUUCUCACCAACCGCGAGCCUCCUGCUGCUGAGAGCGCACCAGCAACUAGGGUCCUUGUAGAGCUCCUCGAUCUGAUUCUUACGUGGAAUUGAUUCUGUCUAUAAAUUGUUUGGUAAUCUAACUGAUUCCUGACUUUUUAAAGAGAUGGAAUUAUCCUUUUUACCCCGGUUGACUCCUGAUUUGU